GCAGACAUGACUUUUCCGUGGCCGCAAGUCUUAUUCAUCGCUAUAACUUUCGUAACGUUGCCUCUAUACAUUCUUAUACUGAUUGUUGUUUGUAAACAACCUGAACUAUCGACUUUUUACGUCCUAAUUGUCUCAGAGGGCAUUGCUGACAUCUAUGCAGUAGUCAGCUACUUUCUUGCCACCGCAUUGCGAUUCACACUAUGGUUAGACGAGCUGUACUGGGGACACGAACGUUUUUUCGCUAACUACGCAUAUUUGUCUGUUUAUUUCUCUACGUAUGUAAGAAGUGUUGGUAUAACACUAAUUGCCUUUCAACGAUAUGUUAUCAUAUGUCUCAGAGGAAAACCGUUGGGGAAGGUGCGUUUAAGUUUUUCUCUGUUUGCGGUAGGCGAUAUAUCUCCCUUUCCCAUGCACGGAAACUUCCAAGAAUUCACCCAAUGCUUGCGUUGGAUCUAUUGGUGGGAUGAAUUAUUAUAUACCAUUCGAUAA